AUGGAAUUUAGCUUCAAACAAUGGCUCUCUCAGCGAUUGACUGCUGAGAAGUGAGUACUAAUCCAAUUUGAAAGAUUUUACUUUUUUAGCCUCCAAAAGUUUGGAAAAGGUCUUUUUAAAAAGUUGAUAUCACCUCACGUUAUCUUGGUAGUCUGCUGUAUACUGUAUUUAAUCGUCGGAGCUUUGGUUUUUCAACGAUUGGAGGGAGAACAUUUGGUAGAAAUAAAAGAAGACCACCUCAAACAGAUCGACAAUGAUGGGAAGGCCUACGAAGAGGCGGUUAUCCAGAUUGUAAAUGAAAAUCCAGAAUUGGCAACUCACCCAGACAGGAAAUGGGUGAUUGGGGAGAUCAUCAGGAAAACCAAGGACAGGUUUGACAAGUACGUGGACACUACUUUUGUGGCCCAUAGAAAGGUUGGUUUAUAAACCCGAAAACUGUAUAAGUAUGUAAUUUAUCUGUUUUGGACGCCUACUUAUACUUUGAUUCAAGGUUCGGCACGGUUUUGAAGACAAUGCCCCCACAUGGGACUUCAAGAACUCUUUGUUCUUUACAACAACGAUGUUGACGUCCAUCGGAUUCGGUUAUGUCUGCCCCACCACAAGAGACGGCCGUUUGUUUGCAGUCAUCUAUUGUCUGAUCGGUAAGUCGCAUAUCGUAAUCCAAAAAUUAUUUCUGAAUUUUAGGAAUCCCUCUGACGCUGGUUACUGUAGCCAACGUGGCCAAGUUUAUUUCCGAGUCGGUGUUUUUUCUCCAUUACGAAGUCUGGAAAUUCUGGAUGAACUUUAAGAAUCGAGGGCGGAUUGAGCAGAAAUCCCCUCAAAAACGAUUGUUCAGUGACAAUGAGGAUGAACAGGAGGUCCUGGACCGGGUACGGCUGAUCAGAUUCCCUCCAAUUUUGGUGUUCUUGGUCGCGAUUAUUUAUGGAUUCAUCGCUGCAUACGUUAUCCAGAGAAAUGAAAAAUGGUCUUAUCUCGAGGCCUUGUACUUUACUUUUAUUUCCAUUUUGACUGUCGGUAUGUACAAAAUGAUAAUUGUUUAAACAUUUUCUAGGCUUUGGGGACUAUCGACCAUCUCCUGAUAACUUGUUGACAGUUCUGGUAGUCAUCUUGGGCGGGAUUAUUUUGUCGACCAUGUGUAUGGACGUGGUGGGCCGAAUGUAUUUGAAGGAGAUCCACUAUUUGGGGAGGAAAUUACGGUCCAACAAUCCAUUUUAUUUUCUGCGCGAGGCUAAAGCGAAGCGACGACGUGCCGCAAUGGCCACUUUGCUGGCCCAAUUGGCCAAGGGAAUGAUUUUUGCGCAUAAGCGAUUUGAAGAACCUCAAAGAAAAAAGUCCAGAAAAGAGAAACGAAGGGGAUCCAAGAUGCGUAAGUGCCGUUGUUGAGUAGUGUAACACAGAACGCGCUUACUUUUAGUGCCAAACGAUCAGUUUUUAUUUGCUCGACAAGCUCCCGAUCCACCUCGCGAUUGUCAGGUCAUCUCGACUUCCGCUUAUUCCGUUAGAUUGGCUUGGGCUCCCGCCUUCUCGGCCGAUGCUGAUGUGGUUUACAAUCUGAGAUAUAGAUUGAAGUAAGUAAAUAGAUUUAUUACAUUACUUUUAAUUUUUAGAUACUCGGAUGAAGAAGGAAGUGAUCGGAGAACUCUGGAAUUGAGGGGAAUUAUAGACACUUCGGCUGAGAUCAUGAGUCUUUCCUCUUGUUCGUUGUAUGAAUUCCGAAUAACGGCAGUUUCGAAGUACGGGGAGAGCAAACCAAUCGUCCUUGUACAGUAUACAGGUACGAAGCGAAAACAGGACAAUUUUACGUAUUUAGAACCCCAACUGAGUCCACAGCACAUUAUGCAGAAGAAACUAAACGCCAAUACGAUCGAAUUGACCUGGGAACCGCCCUUUCAACGCACCAAUGACGUCAAAGUAAAACUUUUUGCAUUAAAUAUAAAAAUUAUAAUAUAUGGCAGACUUUUGUCAUCAACUCUUACUCUUUAAUUCUAGCACUACAUGGUGUAUUGGACUGAUAAUCCUUCGACCAGACUGUCGGAUUGGGAUAAGAUUACGGUAUAUGGGAGACAUGUAACCUUCCCGGACCUAAAGUUUGACUGGUUUUACAUGUUUUGUGCCAACGCUUGCUUCAACGACGGCCAACGAUCUCCACUGUCUCGCGCCUUGUUUGUUAAGACUGACAAGUUGGAAUUCCAGCACUGUUGUAAGUAACCAACCCCAUUGAAAACACAUUAUUUCCCUGUAAAUUCCAAAAUCGGCAAUUAUUGCGCGGGCGAAACCAAGGGGUGCGAUCAUCUCUGCCAAGAGAGGUGUGGCCGUGUAGCGUAAUGGAUAACGCGUCGGACUUCGGAUCCGAAGAUUGCAGGUUCGAGUCCUGUCACGGUCAAAACUUUUUACGUUUUUAACAAAAAUUUUACAGUAAUCUUUUCAAUACAUUUUUAGACGUCGGGCACUCUCAGACGGUGGAAAUCAUGGAGGCUAUCCUCGAACAGAACGAGAAGCACACAGAAACAUCUCCAUUACUAAAAAGAGAAUACGUAUCUUUUGCAUUUUAA